UACAAAUAUCCUCAGGAAAGUUGCUUCCCAAAUGGACCAGCAAAAAACGGGGGGAGGAGAGGCUGCGAAGCCGAGCAGGUCGAAGAUGCCGGAGAAACCGCCCCCGGAGACCUACAGGGAGUACUUGGACAUGGACACGGACGAGGAAGAGUUCGGGAGACAGGAAACACCCGAGCCGCUCGACGAAGCUCCACCGGAGCCCGACAAGCCGGACUUUACCGACGAAGAGCUCGACACACUGGUGGCCCAGGUGAAGUCCCUGACGGUACUGGCCAACCUGUCGGAAUCGAGCUGGACGGAGGAGUGCUCGGAGACGGUGAGGGAGUACUUCCGCGAGCCGGCAGUCAUUGCCCUGGUGGUGUACUUCUCGGGUGGCGUGCUACGCGCCCAACUCGGGUUUCCCAGCAGCGACACCGACGACGGUGGGAUGGCUUACUUUUUGCGCGAGCCCUGGCAGGUCUACCGGGCCGAGGACUUUUUGGCCACGGUGGUGUUCGGCAGCGUUAGCGGGAGCACCGUGAGGACCGCCCUCAAGGUCCUGGGUGGGCUUUACGCCCCGCUCGUCUUCCGCCACCAACUUUGGCCCACGAGUAUGGAUCAAGUACCUGCCUUGGAGUUUACACAGCUCAGGAUUGCGUCAGACAUCUGGGGAAAUUCUCGAUCUCCACAAGCUUCUCAACGACGAAUCGAAAGUGCAGUUUCGAGGGACGAGAUAUUCUCGAACGUGAACGACCUGUUGGCGCUGGCGACCGACCUGACCUACUCGCCGUCGGGUGUCCUGAUCCUGUACACACCGUGGGAAGGUGGUCGCGAAAUCAGCGCGAGCCCGGGGGACCAAGAAACGCUGGCAAAUCGGCUGGAAAAGGUCGCCAGAACGUGGAUCCGGCAGAUUCGCGAGGCUCUUCUGGUCAAGAUCGUCCCACCGAGUGACGAGCUCUUCGACCUCGAGGACGAACUCAACUACUGGCGGAGCAGGUACACCAACACGACCGGCCUGUCGAAGCAGCUGGAGGGUGAUCGCGUGCUGGCGAUCGUCGGGCUGUUGAAGAGAGCGAGAUCCCCGAGCGUCAAGGAGUUGCGGCUACUCGGCCUCGGAGCGAGGGACGCGAGGAACCAGGCGGAAUCGAAUAUGCGCUUCCUCGGCCUCGUCGCUGAGAAAUGCGGGGGCCUCACCGAGCCGAAACUAGCUCGAGACUGCCUCCCCGAGAUCCUGCACACCGUCCGGUUCGUGUGGACGAAAUCGGCUUACUACCGGGAGCAGAAAAACGUGGAGAGACUCCUGGGCUCGCUGAGCGCGCGGGUGGUCCGGGUUUGCGCGAGCAGUAUCGAUCUGCGCUCGAUUUUCGACGAGCCGAAGAUGUGCCGACGAAGCGCGAAGACGAGUUUGCGCUGCUGCGACUCUUACUCGAGGAUUUACGACAGCAUUCUCGUCGGUUGCUUGGGAGACGAAGACAACUGGAAGACGGAUAAAGACGCGGUGUUCAAUUGUGUCAAUGCCUUCGUGCAAAGAUGCCACGACGUUAUUGAAAUCUCUGACGCAAUAACGAUGCACGGCAGUUUCAGUAAAAUAAAUCUUGGGGGUACGCGUGGGAGUCAACACGAGGUGCAUUACAGGCGCGUCAAGAAUCGCUUUGCCGAAGUAAUCGACGGAAUACGCUCAGUUUGCGAUUGUGCCCUCGACACGAGGAAUACCAAGUGGUUCGACAUUAUGUUCAAGUUUCGACGCGACGUUGCUCAACUCGAGAGUGCAGUCAAGGAUCUUUUGCAUGGUUUGUUCGAGGAUGUGAGGGACGUCGACACGGGCAUAGAAACUCUGUACGCGUUGAUCAAAUUCAAGGACCGACGGGGUUUUCGGGACAUUUUUCACGACAAGUGGACGCAGGUGUGGAAGCUCUUUUACGAGGACAUUAAAAUUUCUACCUCAGCAUCGGUCGAUUGCGAGGUGGUUCAAGAUAAAAUAAAAUUCCUGGGAUCCGAGUGUACCGUCACAGAAGUGGCGGUUAUUGAUAAGUAUUUGUCAAAGUUGCACAAAACGAUGAUAGAUGCCUCUGAUUGGCUCGGCGACUGCGACCUUCAACACGACAUUUUGAAAUAUUUCGAUGCAAAAUAAUUUUUAUUGUACUUAUAGGUAUUUA